AUGGCAUCUGUUGCAGUUACUCUAACAAGUUGCGUAGUUGCAGUUACUCUAUCCAGUUGUGUAGUUGCAUUUACUGUAUCCAGUGGUGUGUUUGCAGUUACUGUAUCCAGUGGUGUGUUUGCAGUUACUGUAUCCAGUGGUGUGUUUGCAGUUACUGUAUCCAGUGGUGUGUUUGCAGUUACUGUAUCCAGUGGUGUAGUUGCAGUUACUGUAUCCAGUGGUGUGUUUGCAGUUACUUUAUCCAGUGGUGUGUUUGCAGUUACUGUAUCCAGUGGUGUGUUUGCAGUUACUGUAUCCAGUGGUGUGUUUGCAGUUACUGUAUCCAGUGGUGUGUUUGCAGUUACUGUAUCCAGUGGUGUGUUUGCAGUUACUGUAUGCAGUAGUGUAGUUGCAGUUACUGUAUCCAAUUGUGUAGUUGUAGCUACUCUAUGCAGUAGUGUAGUUGCAGUUACUAUAUCCAAUUGUGAAGUUGUAGCUACUCUAUGCAGUAGUGUAGUUGCAAUUAUUCCAUUUAGUGGUGUAAUUGCAGAUACUCUAUGUAGUGGUAUAGUUAUAGUUACUUUUUACAAUGGUGUGGUUGCAGUUACUCUAACAAGUGGUGUAGUUGCAGUUACUCUAUGCAGUGGUGUAAUUGCAGUUACUCUAUGCAGUGGUGUAGUUGCAGUUACUCUAUGCAGUGCUGUAGUUGCAGCUACUACAUGCAGUGGUGUAAUUGCAGUUACUUCAUUCAGUGUUACUGUAUCCAGUUGUGUAGUUGUAGUUACUACAUACAGUGGUGUAGUUGCAGUUAUUUUAUGCAGUGAUGUAGUUGCAGUUACUAUAUGCAGUGGUGUAGUUGCAAUUAAUGGGUACAGUGGUGCAGUUACAGCUACUAUAUGCAGUGAUGUAGUUGCAGUUACUCUAUCCAGUGGUGUAAUUGCAAUUACUAUAUACAGUGGUGUAAUUGCAGUUACUCAAUACAGUGGUGUAAUUGCUGUUACUCCACGCAGUGGUGUAGUAGCAGUUAGUCUAUCCAGUGGUGUAGUUGCAGUUACUCUAAGCAGUGAUGUUGUUGCAGUUACUAUAUACAGUGGUGAAUUACAGGUACUUUAUGCAGUGGUUGUUGUAGUUGCAGUUACUCUAUUCAGUGGUGUAAUUGCUGUUACUCCAUUCAGUGGUGUGGUUGCAGUUACUUUAUGCAGUGGUAUAAUUGCAGUUACUCUAUGCAGUCGUGUAUUUGUAGUUACUGUAUCCAGUUGUGUAGUUGUAGUUACUACAUGCAGUGGUGUAGUUGCAGUUACUAUAUUCAGUGGUGCAGUUGCAAUUACUGUGUACACUGGUGCAGUUGCAGCUACUAUAUGCAGCGAUGUAGUUGCAUUUACUCUAUCCAGUGGUGUAAUUGCAGUUACUCUAUGCAGUGGUGUUUGCAGAUACUGUAUGCAGUUGUGUAGUUGUAGUUACUCUAUGCAGUGGUGUAGUUGCAGUUACUACAUGCAGUGGUGUAGUUGCAGUCACUCUAUCCAGUGGUGUAGUUGCAGUUACUAUAUGAGUGGUGUAAUUGCAGUUACUCUAUGCAUUGAUGUUGUUGCUGUUACUAUAUACAGUGGCGUAGUUGCAGUUACUCCAUGCAGUGAUGUAGUUGCAGUUACUCUAUCCAGUGGUGUAGUUGCAGUUACUACAUGCAGUGUUGUAAUUGCAGUUACUCUAUGCAGUGAUGUUGUUGCAGUUACUAUAUACAGUGGUGUAGUUGCAGUUACUUCAUGCAUUGGUGUAGUUGCAGUUACUAUAUGCAGUUUUACUCCAUGCAGUGAUGUAGUUGCAGUUACUCUAUCCAGUGGUGUAGUUGCAGUUACUACAUGCAGUGGUGUAAUUGCAGUUACUCUAUGCAGUGUUGUUGUUGCAGUUACUAUAUCCAGUGGUGUAGUUGCAGUUACUUUAUGCAGUGGUGUAGUUGCCGUUACUCUAUGCAGUGAUGUAGUUGCAGUUACUCUAUCCAGCGUUGUAGUUGGAGUUACUAUAUGCAGUGGUGUAGUUGCAGUUACUCUAUGCAGUGGUGUAAUUACAGUUGCUUUAUGCAGUGGUGUAGUUGCAGUUACUAUAUGCAGUGGUGUUGUUGCAGUUACUAUAUACAGUGGUGUAAUUGCAGUUACUCUAUGCAGUGAUGUAGUUGCAUUACUCUAUCCAGUGGUGUAUUUGCAGUUACUGCAUGCAAAUGGUGUAUUGCAGUUACUCUAUCCAGUGGUGUAA